AUGAGUGGGUACAGCACGUCAAUGCGCAUGCAGCAGCACCGCCUUAACCCGUCAGCAGACAUUGGCGUUCCCGAGAAUGUGUCUGCGGAGUUGAGGGGAGGUGCACCCAUCAUCCGCGAGGCGGCUGCGGGUAUUGCAUCACUUACCCCAAAGGCGGCCAUUGUCGUCUGCCGUGAGGUCGACGGCCUGAUCGAUGCCACCACGCCGGAACAAAGGGUGCGGUGCGUCUCGCAGAUCACAGGCGCACUGCGAGAGGCCGGUUUUGUUGCCAAACGGGAUGCACCCGAGUGCAAACUGUUCCUGCAAAAGCUGGCUUCACACUUUGUGUUUCCACUCAUGCUGCAUUGCGCUGUGCGGUACCUUCACCGUGCGCUCGCAACGCUGGUGCGAACUGUGUAUGUGAUAGACGAUGAACUGGAGGUGCUCUUCCGUGAGGCGUUUCUCGACACCCACAUUCGCUGCUGGAUUCCUGGGGCGAUGAAGCGGCCCACUAUACUGGGCGAGGCAGGAGCGCUAGACAACGAGGAGACACUUCUUCGACUCAAAGAUCCUGCCAUGAGUUGGGUGAACUGCAUCGACAGUACAACUACAGUUGCCAUUCCCCUCUUUCCUCGUGUAUUCGCCGACACGUUCCUUGACGUGGUGCCACUUCUCGGGGACAGUCUGCAGUGGAUGGUGGAAAAUGCCCGCAUGAGAUGCCGACAGGCCAAGGCGGGUAGCACAAGUGAUGGCACCCUCCUGGGUGAGGAUUUGGCCUACGUGCGGUACGGUAUUCGCGUCGUUACGACGUACACACACAAAUUCCUGUAUCUUCUUGAGAGGGCAUUGUGCGAGGCGGACACGACGAGGAUCAUUAUUCUGCAGGAAGACAUGUGCAGACUGCUGUCGCCUGCGCUAGCAAUGCUCUCAUCGUCCGUUCUUCCAAAGGACGUGCUUAACGGGGCUGGCUUGUUAGUGUCAUCGCUGCUGACCCUGCGGACAUGCUCACCGUGGUUACUACUCGAGGUUUGCCGGCACUGUGGCACUCCCAACCCACACACAGCCUCGGCUUCUACUGAUGCGCUCCCAUCGGCUUUACUGGUGAGCCAGGUGAGGAAGUUGGUACAACUUGUCUCCUCUAAUGAUCCUAAGGAGGAAGCUAUGAAGCACACCGAAACGAAUGACGCCCUGGAAAGUAUUCUUCGCAACUUCUCUGAUAAUGGUCGCUUUGCUUUGAUGAAGGGUCUGCUCGCGCAUCUGUCGGUCCCUCUUCACAACAACCUUGACUCCCUUGGAGUUCUGCUUAAACCGAUUGUACGGCUGCCCGAGGGGAACAACUCUGCCGCUUCUGAAGGAUGUGUAGUUGUGCACGAUAUCAUCAUGCCGGCAGCGGAAGCGUACUGUUCGGCUCUGCAGGCCCCCGACACGCGGUUUAUGGCUAUUCAAACAAUCGACAGUGUUGUUCGGCACAUCUCUUCUGUUCUUUCAUGCAUUGCUGAUAUUUUGGAACCCUCUUCAGACGGAGAUGCGAAGAAAAUCAGCAAGGCUGCAAAGAAAAGCUUACAGUGGACAGAGAGAAAUGAGCCACUGCCUGAAUCUCAGCGUGCAAGCCUAUUGGCAUCGUGCGCAAAGACACCCAAGCUCGUCCGCACACUAAAUCACGCCACAGAUAUUAUUAUGGGUAUGUGGGACGACAGCACCCAGCAGGUGGCUGGGCCGCUAUACGACACGUACAAUGAGAUACUAGCUGUGCAUAAUGCACUGCGACGCUGUGCCCUUUUAGCCUAUCCUAAUUUUGCGGCAAUAAACACAGAGAAAGAUGAUUUUGAUACUUCUGAAACGCUGCGACGUAUCCUCUCCAUACCCGACGAGCGGCGGGGAAAAUACCACGCGCUACUUGGACUAUUAAAUAUUGUACCACUUCCGGAGUUUUUAUCCGAAUUGACGAAACACUAUUCGCAGAACGGUGAAAUCACGACAGAUGUUGAGGGACUCUGUUGUUUUGGCAGAAUGCUCCUCUCUGGUGCCGGCAACCACAAGAUUGGAAGCAUCGCUGGUGAGGUGUUUGCAAAGGCAGCUGGACGCAUUCGGAAGAUGGUUGUUGCCAAUGAGGCGAAUAGCGAGGUACUUUUUAUGGGGGGUAUUAUCGAACCGUUGAUCAAGUCCCUCCUUGUUCCUGGCUAUUCCUCAUCACCGCACCUGAAUGAUGCUGCGCGUGUCUCAAGCAUUGUGGCCCACAUGAUCACACCUUGCCUCAAAAACGAUGAGGUGUAUUUGCCAAUACUGCUUUCACAGAUGAUGCAAAUGCUGGAGGGUGAUGACGGAUCACCUGUGGCAAACCAAAGCGUUGUUGAGAUAAUUCAUCGUGCCCGUCUUGUGGGAAGGGACGUUGCGGCGUACACUCACCCAAGUAGUCGCUCAUUCAAGGCUAUUCUGGCGAGCCUCCAAGCGCAGGAAAGUGAGCUUCGCUACACAGCAUUGGGUCUGUGUGUGUUAAGUACGAAGAAGGCGGAGCCUGUUGAAAUCUGGCAGUGCCGCAUGGUGGAGUGGUACAUCAGCACCAACAUGCACUGCGGUGGUGACUCGGCAGCUAUGCGCAGUCUUCUAGAGGUGUAUAAGAAGUGGACGCGACGCCUUGUUGAUAGCUAUCUAAAUCAAAACAACAAACUAAAGAAGGGUGCUGAGGGAAGUGAAGCUGCAGAAGAAUACAAGCAGUUGGUUGUCGAACACUGUGUACGAACCGUAUCUUGCUUUGUUCCGCAGAUUGGCGAAACAGCAAAGUGGUGCCGUCAAUUGUCUCUCGAGCGCCGCGUGGCCGCCAUGUCGGCGUACACGUGUCUUCUGCGCUGUGUCUUUGAGUUCAUUCCCGCUGAGCAGCUGCAGCAGAUUGGAGAACACUUGUUUCCCUCCACACUCGUCGAGGGAUUGUUGGAGUGUCUAACAGAGGGGUGGGAAAAAGCGCGCAACUGUGCCUUCAGUCUUCUUGUCCUGUACUGCGAGCAUGUCCCUGCUGUGAUCUUCUCGUCACACUACCUUGGCCAUCUAAAUGCUGCAAGCAGCGCCAAGUUGGAGUUGUUGCGUGCACGGACAUUCCGAAAGGCUGAGGGGGAAGUGCUACGCUAUGUUCUUGCAGUUCAUUUUACACCAGCGGCAAAGCAAGCGGCGGCAGUGGACCCGACGGGGGAGUGCCAGAGACGAGUGGAAAUUGUUUUGCGUGAAAUGGUACUAUUGAAGGAGAAUUUUGCGGAGCUCCGAGGGCUGGGUGUGAAGAAGGCAUGCGAGUUUAUACAACAGCAUCCACAGCACGGGCCGCUCUCACUCUGCACAGCACUGCUGUCGAAUGCAUGGGAAGUAAAGUCGGAUGCCCAUAUCCUUCAUGAGGCGUGCAACACGCUGCUUCUCUGCUGCAGUGAGGCACUACAAACGUGUUCCCUCCUUGGUAAUGAGUCAGACAGCUCUUCUAACAACAACACCAACAACAAUGGGGAGGUGGAUGUAGAUUGUCGUGGACAUGUGUUUGAUAAGGACGGCUCCUGUACAGAAGAAACGAUGCGCACUGUUGUUAACAACACGUGGCUCAGCAUCCGCACGAGCGCAGCAGCAGUAGAACGUGUCAUGCGCCUCGUGAAGGUUGAAGAUCUUUCCUUUCCUGUUGUUCGUGAAGUGUGCUACGUGCUCAUCGAGUCACUCCUCCGCACGAAGCAUAAUGGUGUUAUGCGGGCGGUGCGACAGGCUCUCAAAACGGUGGCCGCCGCGUUACUGCGCUCACGCGAUGCAACGUUCCACACACUCCCCGGCGAGAUGCUCGACUUCCUGCUGGGACCGGAUGGCGUCACGUCAGGUAGCGUCGCAAGAAUGCUGCGGAGGAGUCAAGGCCUGCCACACGCCAUGCUGGUCAUCCUCGAGGCGGAGGACCCGAACGUCCCAGUCUACCUCUUCCCCAAGGCCAUGAAAACGCUUCUGCUGGUGGCAACGGGGGUGAAUCAUAACGAUGCCCAGAGUACUGUUGAGCCACCAAGUGAUGAGACACGCUGUAGCCAGCGCUCCAACGCGUUGAAUGUACUCAAGUUUGUCUUUGAGAACAAAGUUUUCGCCACACGGUCAGUGGCAUACCUCGAAGAGGCGUUCUGGAUCGCCACAGCGGGAUUCGAUGCCCCCAGCUGGGGUAUAAGAAACAGUUCGCUGAUGCUAUUCUCAGCUGUUCUUCCACGCUUCGUUGGAGAGCAUCCAUCGACGGGCGGUGUAGGCGUGAACACUUCUCUGCACGACAUCGCGGUACGUUCGCCGCGGGGAGUCGCCUUUUCGUACGAAGAGUUGGUGAGGAGCUGCGCAAAUCCAGUACCCAGUCUCGGUGUCUUUCCACUACUACAAAUGCUCUCCAUGCUUACGCCAGACCCGGCACACCUCUUGACAAAAGCCACAACAACAACAGCAGCAGCAGAGACAGAAGUGGCAGGUGCCGACGUGGACUCUUCAAGGAUUAUUCGCGCCGUGAUUCGGUGUGGGUCUUCAAAAAAUCUCAUGAUCCGCGCCGCGAGUGCUGUGGCGCUGACCUCACUAGUUCCGCCCGCACAAAUUGAAAGCCUUUUUUCGGAACUUCUCUCUAAACUGGCGGAUCCACAGACAGAUGCCAACACUCUGCACGGCACACUGCUCCACAUGCAGCAGUUUCACACCUUCUAUGUAGGCACAUUGCGUCGCAAGAUGAGGGUGAGGGCGAUGAACAGCAAUGCUACAGCUGCGGUCGCAGCUCUCGUCAACCGUCUGACAGUUGAGGGGCUUAGUGACGCUAUUGCUGUCCCAAUGCUGCACAGCGCGUGCGUGCGCUGCCCUACGAUCGCCACCACAUUUUUGAGUUUGGCAUCAGAUGCACUAUACUACAACCAGAGCCACGGACAAGGUAAGAACUUCGCUCCGCUGUUGGAAUUAGCGCGCGUUGGUGUGGCGGUGGUGCACGAUGUUACGUGCGCUUCUACCUCGUCGUACGAGGUCGCACGCGCAGACCACGCGGCGGUAGAAGAGAAUAGCGCCCUUCUUGUGCUUCUUGUCGUUCAGUUGCUUUCCCUUCCGAGUGGCGAGGCAGACGAUCAUAUUUGGAACCUCCUGCGCCGAGUGUUUCUGAGUGACAGCAGUGCAUGCCUCUUGUCAUAUCUCAUGGAGCACGCAAGUUACUACACGGCACAGCAGCGGUGGUCACGUGAAACAGCGGAAAGGGCGAUGCAUCAGUUUACACUUCAGCUGCACUGUGAUCCUACACAUGCAGCCUUGCACAGGUUGGCGCAGCAGCUUUCAGAAGGUUUCGCCGUGCAGGAAUUACCGUGCACGGGGGUUCUGCACAUGAAAGCUCACUUGGAAUACCUGGUUAUGCUCAGCAGCGAGGAAGAGUUGCGCUCAGUGGCGCACACUGAGCUCUGCGACACAGUGGAGGAGCUUCUCCUCCAACGGAUGAGCCCCCAAGCAAGGCGGCCGUUGCACAACACGGAUGUGCAAAGUUGGGCUAUACGUUUUCUCGCUCGCUGCUGUGUGCGGCGAGGUGCCUGCAGUGACGCCUUCGUGAGGGUCGUCUCGCACUACUCCCGUCCCAUCUUCAACGUGCAGAACCGUGCGGCGGUUGUGGCAGCGUUGAAAGACGGUCUGUUGUCAAUAUGUGAAGGCAACGAUAAAGGUGGUUACGGAAUCAACAACAAUACCAGCAGCAACAGAGGCGACGCUUCGGAACGCCGGUGCGCCCUUCUUUUGAUUCUUCUUCGUCUUCUUCUUGACGAUGCACAUGAUGUCCGCACCGACGCAUGCCGAGUCGUUUCGCAUCUCACAUCGACGACGCACCUUUCCCUUGAUCACAUGACUUGUGUGCUUUCUGUUGUGUGCAGCCUGCGGCGUUGCGGCGAGCGCGGCAUCCUUCGGCCCGAGGCGGUGCAGCACUACCUCCUGGCUGGUGAGGCACCUGGCGACAGCAUCACGACUGAUGGCAGUGAGAAGGUGGAUGGUGACAACGAGACAGACGACGAUGAGUCAGAGGACGACGAGGUGCUCUUUGAGAAGGAGGCAGAGAACAUGUUUGCCGAGGACACGCUCCUGGCGUAUCUUGUGGGGGCUAUUGCACGGGAGACGAAGGAAAGCGGACCCGCAUUUUCGGUGUACGACGAGCUGCUGCGUGUGGCCGAACAGCAGGGCAGCGCGACACUUUUGUACGCUGCGCUGGUGAAUGGCAAGCAGUGA